GCUGGCGGAGGCUGGGAGACCUGGAGGGCUGGAGGCCGGGCUGGCAGAGAUCCUGGCCGACGGGCCCAGCGAGCGAAAUCAUGGAGUCUUCCGAGACCUUCAUGAGACAUCUGCCCAUCACACCGGGCUACAGUGGUUUCGUGCCCUACCUUAGCUGCUAGCAAGCCACCAGCAAGGACAACAUGGCCCACUGUCUGAAGAUCUUCCAGGAGAGCACACAGCACUAUAAAAACCAGAUGGAGGAAUUUCGCUGCUCGGUGGCCACUGCCCGGAGGCUGAAGCCCGUCUGCUCCGAGGAGACCGUCCUGCGGGCGCUACAUCAAUACUAUCGGGAAUACCACCCCCUGAGUCUGGAAUGCAAAAACAUAAAGAAACCUUUCCAGGAGCCCCCGAUCCCUGGCUGGGCUGGCUACCUCCCAAGAGCCAGGGUCACCGAAUUGGGCUGUGCCACGCGAUAAGCUGUCAUGGCCAGAAACUGCUACAGGGACUUCCUGGGCAUCGUGGAGCAGGCCAAGAGGGCGCACCUGAAGCCAUUUGAGGGAAUAUAUGGAGAUGGGUCCACACAACCUCCUCCUGCCCCUUCUCCAGAAGUUUUGCAGCAUGGAGGGCUACUGCCCAAAUAUCCGGAUUUUUCUCUCCCAGGUGGGAGCUGUCUUGGCCACGGAAGACCGCUGACAGAGGACCCCAGACCUCCAGUGACGUGUGGCUGUGCCCAAGGGACAAAUAUGUCGUGCAACGGGAAGAUUUAUCUCGAGCCACUGUCCUCAGCAAAGCAUGCAGAAAGUUGAUGCAGACAGCCUCCCAGGGAGAGUGAACUUAAAGGGGGACUCAGAAGCUCACCAUUCUUGCAUGAGAACCAGCCCCUCACCCACACCCAACAGGCACUAGGGAAAUUUCAAAACCUAAGAAUCCUUUCAAUGGCCACCUGCACCCUGUCUGUUUGGCAAUAGCGUGUCAUCAAUGAUAAAGACCUUUCAUCGUGUGGGAAUAAAGAGGAUACUCCUCAGCACGCUGAAGGUUUUUAUGAAGGACGGGUUUCUAGGUUAUGCUGACCUUGAGAAGAGCCAGGGUGAGGCCGCUCUCUUCCUUACCCUGAGGUAGCAUUGUGCACCUGGGUGAGGCUCUGAGGUAGCCCUAGCCCCGCCCUCUAACCAGCGGUCCCCGUCAGCUGUCUUGGGUCCUGACGUGGCAGUUCCCAGCGCUGGCACGAUGCCAUGCCUACCCCACCCUGGUGUUUCAGAGUCCCCCUCCUCAGGAGACCCCACCUGGCAGACAUGAGACGCAUUUGUUUCACGAUACCAAUGCUGUAACAGCACCUCAACCUGGACGCCAGAAGACAACAGAGGCAUAUUGCUAGAACACAGAAGUGUUCUGGAAGCUAGAAAUCCAAAUUCAAGGUGUUAGUAGGGCCAUGCUUCCUCAGAAACUUAAUCCUUCCUUGCCUCUUUCCAGCUCCUGGUGGCUUGCUGGCAAUCCUCGGCCUUCCUUGGGGCAUAACUACAAUCCCUGUCUUUAUGGUCACAUGACGUCCCCUCUGUGUCUCUGUGUCUUCACAUCCUUCUUAUAAGGACGCCAGUCACCCUGGAUUAGGGUCCACCCUUUUCCAGGAUGAGCGUGUCUAAACUUAGCUCAUUAUACCUGCAAUGAGCCCCUUUCCAAAGAAGUCCUAGUCUGAGGUACUGGGCGUUAGGACUUCAACGUGGCGUUUUGUGGGGACACAAUUCGGCCCAUAGCGCUGGCUAAUACUUGUUGCCACUAACAGGCACUCUCUCUGCCCUCGCUCUGCAUCCACUGGCCCUCAGAAGACAUCAGAUGCAGCUCCCGGAGCUGAGAGACCAUUGCAGGCAUCCAAAGGCUCAAUAAUGGGCAGAGCUGAAACAAUACAGCACCCUCUACUCCUGGGAGUCUUGCGCAGGGCGGGAAUUUUCACUGGGGUCCCCUGGGCAGAAAAAUCAGGUGUCAAAUCUUUAACUCCGAUGAGUAUAAAGAACUUUGAUGAGAAAAGAGUUACCUCUUUGUUUUUACAAACCUCCAAGUGUGAUUUAGUAUUCCCUUCAUUUACGCAACAAACCACAGCCGUGCCUGUCACCUUGGCCUAAUAGAAGCCAGGGUCCGGUCGUACCAUGACUUUUGUUACAUACAGCUUAAGAUAAUGUUAGUGUUGAUCACUACUUUAUAAUUAUGUAGUUAUUAGAGCGACUAUAUCUACACCCUAACAUAUUGCUAUUCAAUCUAUGUAUAAAGAAAUACAUGAUUAGUUCAUAAAAUUAUCCUAUUUAAUA